ACGUGAUGUGAACAAACAAAAGAAUCAUGUGAGACGAUCCGCGCUGUUGAAGCUGAACUUUCAAGACGAAAACGCCAUGAUGUCUUGCCUCGCCUUUACCGUUACCCUGGCCCUAGUGCUCUACUACCCCCGGGCCAUGGCCCAGCCACGUGAAGGGAAGAACUGCUGUCUCCCCCGGCAGUGGGAAGGUUUUCAGGGGGGGAUCGGCGGUGUCGAGGCUGGCGGUGAGGGACAGGCAGUUCGGACUGUAUCCAGGAUAGCCUUUGACGCCGAGAGUCGUCGGGUAUACGCCUACACCAACAGUACAACGGCCAAGGGAGUCUCCUCCAUGAAGAUCAUUCAAGACUACAAUACCAAUACGAUGUUUGUUAUUGAUGUAAUGAAACGGACGUGCCUGAAGAGUAACAAUACGCUGCCUUUCAACAACGGAUGCGUUCCUGAUGACGCUAAGCGUGUGUUUGACAUGACCAUGGGAGCGGGUAGUGAGACAUUGCAGGUCAAGAUCUUCGCAAUGCGUCUCGAGCAGGUGAAGACCUUGUUGGACAUCAAUUUUUCCGUCACCGAGAAGCAGUGCGUCCCUGUCGGCGAGAACUGGACCGGCUCACUGAACGACAACAAGAUCGCCAUGUCGUUUGGGUACUUUGGCAUCACCCCCGGGAUAAAAGACCCGUCUGUCUUUACGCCACCCGCCUUCUGUAAACAGAACACGACAAGCGAAGUGCCUGCCUUCCACCCAAUCCUUAACUACAAGAUCUUAGGGGUGUAAAUCAGACGUCUGUCCUGUCGCCAUAGCAACUACGAACUUCUGAUUAUCCAAAUAAUAAUUCACUUUCAUCUUUAAUCAGCUUUGGAAAAUAUAAUUACUCAUUGUGACACCAUGCCAUCUGACUGUUCAGCUCUUGUAAAUCAACUCGGCUGUUUGGCCUUUGAAGUCAUUAUGAUGUCAUUGCGACGUCAUACAGAUUCAUGACGUCACCAACCUUACUAACAAUUGUCUGUUUACUCUUUACUCCGCCAAAGGGCGACGCAGUUAAUGCCACUCGUGACUAAGUCACCCGAAAGUAGUUAUGGCUUAAGGGUAAGGAUUGUGUCGUGUCAUUCGCGGUGUGUUUGACUCUUUAAAGACUGGAAAUCUUGGCAUCCCUCCGAUAUUUGACCUCGAGAAUAAUAUACAGUAAACUACGGUUAUAACGAACUCACAGGGACCACUAAUAACCGUAGUUCGUUAUAAGCACAUAUGCAGCAAAUAUACAGCAAAUGGACGGGAUCAAAACACAUUUCGUUAUAUCCGACAGUUCGUUAUAAGCGUGUUCGUUAUAAACGUAGUUUACUGUAAAACAUCCUCUGGAUAAAUCCUCCAAACCACAUGUCAACACAAUGACAACUCUUCUAUAAGUUCCAACUGAACUAUUUAGCCAAGACCCGUUUUAUCUGGACACCGUUUACCUGGACAUGCCGACUUCGGGACGAUUGUUGUAAGGAAAAUCUAAAGAUAUAAAAAGGAACAUUAUAAUCGUUUAUCCAGACUCGUUUAUCCAGAUUCGUGAUUCGUUUAUCCAGACACCUGUCGACCCGGACGAUUUCAUUGAGAACGGUACUGUCUGGAUUAAUGAGGUUGACGAUAAGUUAUUGUCAUUCCCAUCAGUCUUUGUUGGUUUUACCCAUCAGAUGUUUUGCCACCCAGAUGUUGUUUUGCACGUUUCUUAUGUGACACCAGCCCCAGCUGCAUUGUUACGCCGUCUUUUUACGAGGCUUGACGGAAAUAGCCGAACGUACAUUGUUGUGACGCAUGAAACACUCAGUUGGCAAGUUGUCUCCCCUGUUAUUGAAUGCUAUUGUCUGUGAUGCCCUUCCUCGUAGUUUGCUUUGAAGGCGUUGUUCCUCGUACGUUUGUAUUGAUACUUAGUAUUCCUAUAGUACACACGGAUAAGAUAUAAUAAAUCCAAUUUCAGUUUAUGCAUGAAAAAUAUAUUUCUCAUAACAUUUAAGGAUUGGCUGUAUUUUUUCGGUUCAUUGAGGUGUGAAUACUAAAGUGUUACUAUCCCUGAUAACUUUGUGAUAAUACAGGUGAUCAGAGAGUGAAGUCCUACCGCUGUAAUAGGGAUUUUCCGACAUUCGGUUGUGAUAAAAGUAGACCGCUUCAGUUGGCGUGGCUUAAUUUUUCACAUUCACUGGUCUUCUUUGUGUAAACUGAAUAUAUACUCAAAAGAAGGUAAAAUACCCCUUUUUCAUGGCCAUUGCAGAUGAAAUACAGAUAGACAUGCAAAAAUCCGUUGUUCUUUUACUUCGUUUGAGCAGUAUAAAUUCCCAAAAUUCAAGAAUCUCUCCAAAGCCUCCACAAAACUGAAUAUGGUUCUACAUUUUUCUUUUGUAUUUUUAAUGAGAGUUAUUUUCAAAGAAAGAUAAAUAAAUAUAUUUUCUUUA